AUGGCAGAUGAAUUCCAGCGAGCUGUUCAAUCCAGCUAUGACAAUCGUCUGAGUGAUGAAACUCGAGAUAGACACCGGGAGUUUACUUUCGCAAUGGAGUCUCAGGUCUCGAAAAUCGAGAAAUCUCUCAAGGAAGCUGCGCAAUCUGAUGGCAAGGGAACUCCGAGAUGGGUGCGUUUGGACGAAGAUGAUCGUAAUGAGCUUGCCCUCUUCUUGACUGGACCAUCUGAAUCGGAAAAGAAGCAGCUUUUGGUCAAUGGUGUCAAAGUGAAUCAGCAAGUAAAGCCGCAUGGACAUAGAAGGACGGCAAGUGCUACUCCUGAUAUCGGUGCUUGGAACAUUCCGGUUUCCGAUGACGGUUUCUUGCAGAAGUCUUCCGAUGAACCACCGGUUCGACCUCCACGAAAAGUACCUAGCGUCUCUGGGUUCCUAAACUAUAUGGAACCUGGUUCCCAAAACUGCAUUAGAAAGUGGAAGGCUUUAGAUCGUCAAGGAGACUCUGACGCUGCGUUGUUGUUACCUAUCCAAGCGAACCAACAAGUCAUGAGUGGAUGUUUUGAGAGGGACAAAAGUUGUAUGGAGUGUGAGGAGGACUGUUACGAUAAGCAGCUCCACGGUUGGUAUGGAGCUUUACAGAGGCAACUUCAACGGUCUCAGUAUCGGAUGCGAUAUAGUAAUAAUAUAUUUUACUAA